AUGUCUUUCCACACUUCUCCAGAAUGUAAUGCACCUAACCCACCGUGUGCGUUGCCACGCAGCGAUACCUCACUGUUUUUUCUCACACGGAGGUUCGCAGAGAAGCUGAGUCUCUCAGUUGAUGGGGUGUUGGACCUAAAGCUAGUCUCCCAGGAGCUCAAUCUGUCAAGGAGACGCAUAUAUGACAUCACCAAUGUCUUGGAAGGGAUCAGACUCAUCAAAAAGACGUCCAAAAGUCAUAUACAGUGGCUGGGCAGGAGUUUGAUUGACAACACAAAUAAACAGUUGAUGGCUCUGGCGGAGGAGGAGAUGAAGCUGGAUGAGCUGAUCCAAAGUUGUACACAACAGAUAAGAAAGUUGUGUGAGGAACGUCACAUUCACAAAUAUGCCUAUCUGACACACACAGAUGUCAGAAGCAUUCAGAGUUUGAGAGACCAGACCGUGAUUGUCAUCAAAGCUCCUGCAGAGACAAACGUUCAGGUGCCGCAUCCGGAUGAGAGCCUCCGGGUCCACAUCAGAAGCAUCAACGGACCCAUCGAAGUGUUCGUCCUCUCAGAGUCGAUGGAAUCCUCAGACAACACAGCUGCCAAUGGUGUUGAUGACGGAACGAAGGAUUACGUCUUCAGCCUGGCAGGUGUCACAGACCUGUUCUGCGCCUGA